CACUGGGUUCCCUGACCUAUGCUGAGCUUCUGUUAGAAACUGGAAUCAUUUCAAAAACCAAAGGUGUAUCUGAUUCUUCAGAGGACACAGUCAAAGUCUGCCUCCUCUCAAGCAGUCCAUAAUACCUGAGAGGGCUCUCUGUGGAGCUCUGCGCAGAGUGUCUGUUGGGAGAGCAGAGCCCUAGGGAGAGGGCAGUGCAGAGCCAUGAACCUCGUCCUGGAGCUUGUCCUGCUGGUGGGCAUCAUCAUCUACUCCUACCUGGAGUCACUGGUAAAGUUCUUCAUUCCACGGAGAAGAAAAUCUGUGGCCGGGCAGACUGUUCUCAUCACGGGGGCCGGGCAUGGAAUAGGCAGGCUGACCGCUUAUGAAUUUGCAAAGAGGAAAAGCAGACUCGUCCUGUGGGAUAUCAAUAAGCAUGGUGUUGAGGAAACCGCGGCCAAAUGCAGGAAACUAGGGGCCGUUGUGCACGUGUUUGUGGUGGACUGCAGCAACCGGACGGAGAUUUACAGCUCUGUGGAUCAGGUAAAGAAAGAAGUGGGUGACAUAGAGAUCGUGGUAAACAAUGCCGGAGCGAUAUAUCCAGCAGACCUUCUCAGUGCCAAGGAUGAGGAAAUCACCAGGACCUUUGAGGUCAACAUCCUAGGACAUUUUUGGAUCAUAAAAGCACUCCUUCCGUCGAUGCUGAGAAGAAACUCUGGCCACAUUGUCACAGUGGCUUCAGUGUGCGGCCACGGGGUGAUUCCGUAUCUCAUCCCUUAUUGCUCAAGCAAGUUCGCUGCUGUGGGCUUCCACAGAGCACUGACUGAAGAACUGGACACCCUGGGGAAAACCGGCAUCAAAACCUCAUGUCUCUGCCCUGUGUUCGUGAAUACAGGCUUCACCAAAAAUCCGAGUACAAGGUUAUGGCCUGUAUUAGAGCCGGACGAAGUUGCGAGGAGUCUGAUGGAUGGGAUACUUACUAACAAGAAAAUGAUCUUUGUUCCAUCCUAUAUCAACAUUUCUCUGAUAAUGGAAAAGUUUCUUCCAGAGCGUGCCUUAAAAGCUAUACGUCGCAUACAGAACAUUCAGUUUGAAGCAAUCGUGGGCCACAAAACCAAGAUGAAGUAAUGCACGCAGAGACGUGUAGACAUCAAAGAUGCAAAGCCAAGUUUAGAGUGGACACAGAGCUUUCUUUCACAUGUUUUAAGUGUCCCUCGUGUUUAAAAUGUAGGCUUGGCCCUCGCAGCCUUCACAGAGAUGAGAGUGGCCCUCUGGUUUCUUAUACUUACAGAUCUCUCAGCCCUGGUACUGGGUUCUGGCCUUAGAGACAUAGUAAGAUCUAUCCAUUACACAACAGAGUGAAGAAACAAUUGGUGUGUUUUAUAAAAUAAAUUACUAGAUAGAAACGUGGGCAAAGGGACAAGACAAUAAAGCCUGGAACAAACGUU